AUGCUGAUGCUGUCCGCUGAAUCGCAGGGCGGCGGACGGAGGCAUUGUCCUUAUCCUAAAGAAAAUAUGAACACCUUCAGGUGGCUGGUGGUCUCGACUGGUACCAACACUGCGAUCUGCGUAUUAGGUAUUGGAUUAGCUGCAUUUGGUGUAUGGUGGUUAUCGUCAAGUAAAAAGACUAAAGAUAUAUCGCUCGUACUAGACCUAUGCCAUCUCAAAGGUGGUCAACUCAAGCGAAAGAUUUGGGUGUUAGGCAGGAAUGAUGAAUGA